AUGUUCUCGUAUCUUCAGCAUCGAAAGAACUGCAAAAUCAAGCAGCAAGACCGUGCAAAUCGGAUUGCUUCUUUGCCGUCAUAUUACUCUACCCCUCUUACAUCCCAGGACCGUUCCAUCCUCUCCACUCCAAUCGGCACACUCGCCUCAAAUAUCCGUAAUAAAGAAUGGGCUCCGAUCGACGUCCUCAGAGCCUAUGGCAAGAAGUCAAUUCUAGCCCAUGAGGCAACAAACUGUCUUACCGAAGUCAUGAUUAAAGAGAUGGAAGAAUAUGUCGAAGGCAAAGAAUUCACAGGCCCUCUAGCCGGAGUCCCCAUCUCCGUUAAGGAUACUGUCAGUAUCAAAGGCUUCGACUACUGUAUCGGCUACUCCUCGUUGGUUAAUAAGCCAGCUCUGAUUGACUCCCCUCUUACACGGCUACUAAAGGACGCAGGUUGCGUGCCGUACGUUAAGACUAAUGUUCCUAUCACUUUGUUAAGUUUUGAGAGCACGAAUGAUGUCUUUGGACGGACUUCGAAUCCUCAUAAUAAGGAUUAUAGCCCUGGUGGUAGUACUGGUGGUGAAAGCGCACUCUUGGCCUACGGUGGGAGUAGGAUUGGAAUUGGCACUGAUGUUGCAGGAAGUGUGAGAGUGCCGGCGCAUUGGGCUGGUAUCUAUACGGUUAGGGCGGCGACGGGAAGAUUUAUGAAGAGUAUGAAUGUUAGUAUUAAUGCCCAUAUGUAUCUUGUGUUGAAUACACCUAGAAGCGGUGGUGGGAACUAA